GUUGCGGUCUGAUUGAAAUUGCGUUGCCAUCUCCGGUUGCUUUGGUGAGAUCACGGCCUACAGUUAAAAAAAACAAAUAUCUUUUACUACAAAUUUAUCAAUGCAUAAAACAUUUUUUUAUAGUUAAACAACGGAAAGAUGAGAAACAACGGUUCUCCAAAAUAUACAAACAAAAAAAUUCAGAUGAGCAGGAAUUCAAUAAUUUAGAGAAAUUUACAAUGAACGUAGAAGUUUCAACUUCAGGAGGAAGCAACACAUCUUCGCCCAAGUUGUUGCGUACAAGUAACCCAAAAACAUACUCAGACAUUUCUGUUUCCAAUGUAGUUUUGACUGGGACUUCUCAGAGUAAUGACUCAAAGAAUUUUGAAAUCCUUCAAUAUAUAAAUUCCCAACCUUCUUCAUCUUGUCACGUGUCAUCUCCUUCGAAGAGUAGCGAUUCCUCAACGAGGUCUUUUAAAAGGAGACUGGUGGAAAUGCCAAUUGCGGUGGAAACGUUGCCAGCGGCACCGAGUGAAGACCUCAAAAAGCAGAUAGCUGGUUUAAAGAAAAAGUUAAAAAAUAGAAAUGGAAUUAUUGCGCGACUUAAGAGAAAAUCGAAAACUUGCAGCAAGCGUGAAAGUUUAAAAAAAAUUUUAUCAAAUAAAAGUUCGCCAGUGAAAACUUUUGUGAACAUGCAGUGUCUGCACAAAAGAAAAUCUGCUUGGACUAUUUCGGAAAAACAAUUGGCAUUAUCAUUGUACUACAAAUCCCCAGGAAAUUAUAAAUAUUUGUUAAAAAAAACUUAAUUUUGUACUUCCUGGAGUCUCCACCAUUCAAAAAUGGUUACAAGUUUAUAAUUUGGGUACAGGAAUCAAUACUACUCUUAUAGAUAAAUUUACAAUUAAAAUUCAGAAUAUGGAUGACAAUGAGAGACAGUGUGCUCUCAUUUUUGAUGAAAUUAUCGUUAAAAAGGGACUUUAUCAUAAUUAAGUUCUAGAUGUUAUUGAAGGAUUUCAAGAUUUUGGAAGUUUGGGGCGAAAUUCUAAAGUCGGAGAUCAUUGUGUGCUUUUUUUGUUAAGAGGCCUGCUUCACAAUUGGAAAUUACCAUUUGCAUAUUAUGUUUCAAGUGGCCCAAUAAAGUCUAACGCACUGCCUUUAUUACUGAAAGAAGUUCUUCUAAAACUCUUUUCUAUAGGUUUGAACCCUAAAUAGUAUGCGACCAAGGCUCUAACAUGGUUAAAAAUUUUGGAGCAUCUAAGGACAAUCCUAUUAUUGUUCUGAAUAACAAAAAUAUUUAUGUCAUAUUUGACCCUCCACAUCUUCUUAAAAAUUUAAGAAACAACUUCCAGAACAAAAAGUUACGUUUUAAGAUAGAUGGGAAAAGUAUUUCUUGGACAGAUUUUACGGACACCUACAACAUGGACAAUAAGAGUACUUCAUCUAGAAGUUUGUUGAAGAUUACGAACAAACAUAUCAAUCCAACGUCGUUCGAGAAAAUGGGGGUUAAAUAUGCGGCUCAAGUUUUUAGCAACUCGGUGUAUGCUGCAAUAAUUACCUGUUAUGCCACAGGUCAAUUAAAAUCGAUACCGCUAUUGACACGGCAACUUUUAUUAAAAAUAUUAAUGAUAUAUUCGAUUGCCUAAAUAGCAAAAUUGUUAAAGAUGCCAACCCAUACAAAUGUGGCCUAUCCAUUUAUAAUAAAAUACCUGAAAACACACUCAAAUCGGCACUAGAAAUAUUUAAUAAUUUAAAAAUUUAUGGAGAAAACACAAAGAAAGAACAAAUAUAUAUUGUAUUGGAGGCUUCAUUUGGACCCUAAGAGCAGUACUAUUGCUAUGGAAUGAUCUGCAAGGAGAAGGAGUUAAGUGUGUUCUGACAUCUAGGAUAAACCAGGAUCCUAUUGAAAAUAUAUUUUCUGUAAUAAGAAACCGAGGAGGAUAUAAUCCACAACCGGCAGUAAAAGAGUUUCGAGUGGAUUUGCAACAUAAUAUGCACAUUAGAUUGCAGUCAACAUCUGAAGCAUCCAAUUGUGAAUUAGAUGAAACUGAAACUUUAGCUUUAGAAAGUACCAAUGAUCCGCAUGAACACCUUACACUAACUAAAAGAUGUAGAAGUUUUGGAAGAACAUCAGGUUAUACCUACUGAUCCAUCACCUUCCAAGGCAUCAACUAGUAGCUUGUUACAAAGUACAUCUCAAAUCUUGAAAACCGAGGCCACUUUAGAAAUUUGCUCCAAUAUUUAUGUAGCUGGUUUUUAUGUUUUAACCUUUUUCGGCAGCAUGAUUGUUUUCAGUGUAAAAAAGAACUUAUUAAAGAUGACUUGCUAGCGAGUUCACAUGAGCUUCUCCUUCUUGCUAGAGACUGUGGCACUAAAGACUCUAUUGAUUAUUUAAAAAGUCCAAGUGACAUUAUGUGUGAAAUUACAAUAUUUUUGUUAAAUAAAUUUAACGAUGUAUUCAAUAAGUUUAAAACUGAAUACGGAGUUAAAAGUAAGAUUAAAAAGAAUUAAUAUUAAGUUUGGAAAGUAAUUAUUUUAAUUGGCUAAACACAUGCACACAUAAUCGAUACAUUAAUUAAAAUAAAAUUAUUUCCUGCAUUGAAGUGGGAAAUAGAAAAAAUAGCUAAAAAAAGAAGCAGCAAAGAAAUCGAAGAAGCCAUUAAAAAAAAGGAGGAAUCAAAAAAAUUUAAGAAACCACACAGAAAAAUUAAAAUAUUGUCUUCUUAAGCCUAAAUAUCUGUUUCCCCACUGUACGUUGUAUAAUAAAAAUAUUAAUAGAUAUUAUUUCAAAAUCUGGUCCAAAUAAACUAAAAUUUUUACAAUACUUACCCUUUUCCUUUUAUAUUUAUAUACAUAUUUUGUGCAGUUUAGUUUUCGUUUUUACACUGAAGGCAGUUAUGAGAAUAUGUUUUUUCAUUUUCAACAUUGAUUUAUUUGUUAGCUACGUUUCAUUUACAGUUCUGCAAAUAAUGCAGUUUUCUUCCCACCUGUAAUGUCUACUCCAGCAAAUACCGGGUGGACCAAAAGUCAGUUAACGGGUUGACCAAAAGUUUAUAGUAAAUAAGUAGGUACAAAGAAGUGCAUGUUUUACAUUUUACAUUCAAAAUGUAACCCACCUUCAUGAAUAAAUUUUUGGCAACGCUUAUACACAGUAAAACAUUUCUUUCUACAGACUUCCAAGUUGGCACGGAGAACUUCAAAUUGGAAAAAUGAUCAAAAUUAGCCAUUCACCACACCGUAGUCAGUAAAUACCUGGUCAUUUUGGGGGUGCGUGCCGCUCGCCGAAUAUAUAAUAUUGUUUUAUUUGAGACUGGUUUGUAGGGUAUUCUAUUGAUUUUAUUUGCUAUUGAUUUAAUUUAGAUUUAUAUAAAUUUCCUUGCAAUAAAUUAUUUACUUCAA